UUGACGUGUCGUUCGUUGUCAUUGACGUUUGUCUUGUCAUUUGUCAUAACAAACAAAACAAAUCUCAAUGAGAUGUGAGAGAGAGGUGCGCUUAGGUUUUUGUUUUUAAAUAACAUUAUUAAUUUAAAAUAUUAGAAACAAACAAUAAUAUUAUAUGAAACAUGGGAGUCGCUGGACAAUCUAUAACGCUGGCAAAUAGCAUUAUAGGCGUUGGCAUAUUAGCCAUGCCGUAUUGCUUUCAACAAUGUGGUAUAUUGCUGGCAACAUUAAUCUUGCUAACCAUGGGCUUAGUUUCGAGACUUUGCUGCUAUUUCCUUUUGAAAUCUGCUUUGUUGGCCCGAAGGAGAAACUUUGAAUUUUUAGCGUUUCACGUAUUCGGACCGGCUGGGAAGAUGGCCGUUGAAAUCGGUAUUAUCGGAUUUCUGAUGGGAACGUGCAUAGCUUACUUCGUGGUAGUCGGAGAUUUAGGGCCGCAGAUAAUUUCAAAAAUGUUGAACGUUAACCAAAGCGAUAUAUUGAGGACAUCGAUAAUGGUUGUGGUGUCGCUAGUGUGCGUGCUGCCACUCGGCUUGCUCCGUAACGUCGACAGUCUCAGUAACGUGAGCGCAGCCACCAUAUGCUUCUAUCUCUGUCUCGUCGUGAAGGUGAUAACGGAAGCGACGUCACAGUUGUUCGAAGAGGAAUUACAGAAUCGUAUGGAGCUGUGGAAGCCGUCCGGGGUGCUUCAGUGCGUCCCGAUAUUCUCGAUGGCGCUGUUUUGUCAAACCCAGCUAUUCGAAAUAUUCGAGUCGCUGCCGACCCUGUCCUUAGAGAAGAUGAAUUUGGUUACAAAGAAUGCGAUAAACAUUUGUACAGGAGUCUAUUUCACUCUAGGUCUGUUCGGAUACAUUGCGUUCUGCUCACAGGAUAUAUCCGGUAACAUCUUGAUGAGCCUAAGUCCGACGAUGGCGAGUGACGUCAUCAAGCUCGGGUUCGUGAUGUCGCUCGCGUUCAGUUUCCCGCUGAUCAUAUUCCCGUGUCGGGCGAGCCUCUAUUCGUUCCUGUACAAAAAGGUCCACUCGUCCCACCACGACCACAUGAUCAACCAUUCGAUCCCGCAGACCACGUUCCGAUGCAUAACGGUGGGCAUUAUAGGCGUGGCUCUGGUCGUGGGUCUGCUGGUCCCCAACAUCGAGCUGGUGUUGGGGCUGGCGGGCUCCACCAUCGGCGUGCUGGUCUGCGUGGUAUUCCCGGCCGCUUGCUUCGUCAACGUCACCUUCAAGAAUACGAACGAGAGGAUCCUGGCCAAGGGCAUUAUCGUCCUUGGAUUAAUUAUAAUGGUACUCGGGACAUACGCUAACUUGCAAGCCGCUGAAGGCAAACACGAGAGAUACGACGAGAAAUACAUCACACAAGAAAAGAUUGAUAAAAUGGUUGAGGACUUCUUCCAGAAGAGAGAGAAAUUGGAGAAAAUAAUCCCAGCCGCCGAGGGUGAGAUUCUUCCAGAUGACGCACAAAAAAUAAUCGAAAGUAACAUAAUAAGGGAAUCGGAGGUUCAACCCCCUAAUCCUGUACCUCCAGACUCAUCCAAAGAAAAAAUCCCAGAUAUAGCUUUAAUUGAAAACAAAAAAGUCCAAGAAGCUGUGUCCGAUGUGAUCAAAGUGAACGGCGAUAAAGAACCGGAACUACAUCCCAAAGACGUAAAAUCCAAACUAAACGAAGUCAAAGCCGUGAUCGACGGUAAUGUUAUGAAAGAAGAAAUAGUUAAGAAAAUAGAAGAACCUAAACAGAUGAACGAAAACGAAGAUAGAUUGCGCAUACUGAAACAACAGAAACUUAUCGAAACAAUCAAGAAGCACGGCGAAGAACAAAAAGAACUAGUUCAGGAGCAAAAGGAAAUUAUAGAUGAGUUACUGAAGAACAAGAAGGAAGAGAAAGAAAACAGCAAUGAUGGUAUAAAGUUGUCGGAAGUGAAAGGGAUAGCGGAUGUACCUCCAGGACGUCCGGCUGGUAUCCCCGAGACGCACGCCGCUCUACAGAACGCUGAGGAGUCGCCAAACGAAGCUAAACAACAAAUAGACCAAAGAGCAGCUGAAGCCAUUAAAGUUAUCGAGGAAGUUAUUAAACCAGAGCAACCAAAGAACAUACGAAAUGUAGCCGACAAUGUUAACUCUGAACAUAUACAACAAAAUGCACAAAACGCUAAUCCUUCUAACAAUCCCAACGCAGAUAUCGGAAAGUUAAAAGAAAUCUCCCGGAUUCCGGAACCGAUUGUCAAUGAAUUGAACAACUUCAACAGACCGUUGCCCGUUAACGUUCGAUCCGCAGUUAAACAAGAAUCACCACCGCAAGUCGGUCAAGGCGACGUCAACAAAGAAACACAGAAACAAAACUUAGAUGAUACCGAAAUAAAAAAACUCCAAGAAGCUAGUGUUCAAAAAAAUAUACGAACACUAAACUCGGAUUCACCAGAUGUGCCUCAGUCGUACAAACAAGGAAUGGAUAAUAAAAACGUAAUGCAAAACGUACCAUUGGCUCUAGCGAUGAACGACAAACAGUUAAAGAAUGAAAUCAACAAUGGCGUACCAAAGAAAAAUGUAGAGAAACUCAGUAAUGAUAUCGUUGACCAACAAAACCCGAAUCUCGUUCCGAUGCGACAGAAGAGGCAAACUAUAGACUGUUCGAAUAAAGCCACUUUGCGAGUGGAGGACAGAAGGAUAUGUGAAAAUUUAAUUGGAUAUCCAAAUAGCAACGACGUAAUUUUACCCGAAGUCGAUUUGAACGACGCCUUCGUUAAACGUAUACCUAUCGACGAAAACGUUUUACGCGUCGGUAGGUCCUUGAAAAUAUACGACGAGAGAACGAAGGAGAUGAAAGAGAGAUAGUUAAAGUUGUGUUCGUUAUUUCGAGAUUAAGUUUUGGAUGGAGUUAUUCUGAUUUCAAUGUCAAUGUCAACUGAUUUAAGACAAUACAGGAAACUGGUUGCAUAGCGAUACAUACAACUAAUUUAAAAUCUAAUAUAUAAAAUUCUCGUGUCACAAUGUUCGUUCCCAUACUUCUCCGAAACCGCUUGACCGAUUCUCAUGAAAUUUUUUAUGCAUAUUCAGUAAGCCUGAGAAUCGGCUACUAUCUAUUUUUCAUAACCCUAAGUCAUUAGGGUUGUCCACCCUUAACAUAUUUUUUUUUAUUUGGACAUUUUUUUUGUUAUAAUGAGGUAUUAUGUGGUUGAAUGAGGUUUUGUUAUUUUUAUUAUAUAUUCCCUCAUCGUUCACAGCACUACAUACCUCUUUCACUCAUUUACCACAUCCUUACACACUUACAAUAAGUUAGUUUUUUUUUCUACACUAGAAAUUCCCUAGAAAUCUUAUAUAUGGCAAAACAAUGUUUGCCGGGUCAGCUAGUAAAUUAUAAAAUCUUGCCAACAGAAAUAUGACAAUUAAUUUUUAAUUAACUUCAUCCAAACGUUUCGAUGCAUUUAUUUAUUGCUAAAUUAUGUUACGAUUUGUGUUUCGUUUUUAGUUCUAGCCUGUUGUACCAUUAGAUAGAUACCAUUUUGCUAAGCCGCAUUCUGUGUGAUACCAACAUUUUCAUUAUUACUUUUGUCUGUAUAUUAAAUUGUAAUGUAUAUACAAUACUAAAAGUAAAGUCCACUUCUAUACACUAAAAGGUCCUUUUAAUAAAUUUAUUGAAACUAACAUUAAUUUAAAUGAGUUUCUUUGAAUUUGAAUUUUAUUGAAGAUUCUUAUUGAAAGUCAAAAUAGACAAUGCUUAGGCUGGUUUUUAGUAUUUUAAUAAUAAAGUUUGGUUCAAAGUCUUCUAACCAGCCAAUUCUGUCUGUCAGAAUUUUAUUUAUCAGAUGAUGUUAUAGAUAGAAAUUAUGUCAAUCGUUAUAAAUUGAAAAAUAACAAAAUAUUCACUUCAGUUUAACUGAUAAUUUAGACGAUGAGCCUUUCGAAAAUUUGGAUAGUAUUUUUAGGUUUCUAAACAUCUGUUAUAUCCGAAAAGUCAAAAUUAAUUAUAUAAAUCUUAUCAAACAUACAAAUAAUACUCUUUUUCUGUAUUCUUGAAAUGAUAAUAAUCUUGAUGGAUUAUUUUAUAUUAUAUAUUCCUAAAUUAAUCUCUGAUCUCUAUUAUGUUCCAUGCGUUUAAUACUUUUUAAAAUUAAUUAAAAAAAUGUUUUAUUUAAUAUGUAAUAAGAACGGUGUUGCAGUAUUGAUAGAGAUAUGGUAGUGUGUAGCGAAAAUCUCGUGAUUAACGACUGAACUGAUUAAAUAAAUGAUAAUAAAGAAAUAUUUUAACUUAAAA